AUGGCCGGAGAUAACGUGGCACCGCCACCGAAGAACGAUGGAAACACCAUCGAUUCUAAUUCUCCAUAUUAUAUUUAUUGCUCUGAUUAUCCAAGGCAGAUGCAGGGAUGGUUGACUACAACCAUGGAGAAGGAUAUCAGAUCAAGCGUCAAACACGCCAACACCGCUGCGGAGAUAUGGUCCGAUCUUGAAAAAAGAUUUGGUAAGGAAAGUGCUCCUCGAGCAUAUGAACUAAAACAGACCUUGACCACCACGGCUCAGAACGGUGCAUCUGUUUCAGCCUAUUACACCAAGAUGCGAGAACUAUGGGACGAAAUACAAAUUGUGUCACCAACACCUUAUUACACCUGCAGAAGGUGUACAUGUGAUGCUGGAAAAGGACUAAACGAAGCAAAAGAAAAGGAGAGGCUCUACGAGUUUUUGAUGGGACUUGAUAAUGAGUUUGCUACGAUUAAGACUCAGACUCUUGCCUCGAAACCAACUCCUACGCUUGGCACUGUUUAUCAUCUAGUCGCUAAAGAUGAACAACAAAGAGCUAUUGCGGCCACAAGAAGACCCAUACAUGAGGCUGCUGCCUUUCAAAGCUUUGCUCAGAACAGAAGGGAAGGAACCAAUGACUCAACACCACAGCGUAAUAAAGGCGGUACGAAGGAGGCAAGAUGCAACGACAAUGAUGAAGUUGAAAAUUGUACCUUUUGUGGUAGAACGGGACAUAAUAAAGAUGGUUGCUUCAAGCAAAUUGGCUAUCCCGAGUGGUGGCCUGGAAAAGGAAAAAAAGAAAAAGGUCGACCCAAAGCUGUGUUUGCCAACACUGAAACCACACAAGUACCCAUAAUGACGAACGAACAAUAUCAGGAGCUACUCAAGCACUUCAAGAACACUAACAAAGAAGGUGUAGGACCCGUCGGUAACAUGGCUGGUAAGGAUGAUGGAAAUAAUUCAUGGAUUGUUGAUACAGGUGCUACGUAA